AUGGCCUUGAGCGAGCUGGCGCUGCUGCGCUGGCUGCGGGAGAGCCGCCACUCGCGGAAACUCAUCCUUUUCAUCGUGUUCCUGGCGCUGCUGCUGGACAACAUGCUGCUCACCGUCGUGGUCCCCAUCAUCCCCAGCUACCUGUACAGCCUGGAGCACCAGAAGAACAUGACAGAAAUGCCGACAGCCAAGCCCGCACUGCCGGCCUCCGGCCCGGGCCGCUUCCAGAACAUCUUCUCCUAUUAUGAUAACUCCACCAUGGUCACUGGGAAUGCUACCGGGAACCUGCAGCAGGGGCCUCUACUCCGGGCCUCUGCCACCACCCCGCACCCGGUGACCAACGUGACUGCCACCCCCUCCGACUGUCCCAGGGAAGACAAAGACCUCCUGAAUGAGAACGUGCAGGUUGGCUUGCUGUUUGCCUCCAAAGCCAGCGUGCAGUUGAUCACCAACCCGUUCAUAGGGCUGCUCACCAACAGGAUCGGCUAUCCCAUUCCCAUGUUUGCCGGAUUUUGCAUCAUGUUUAUCUCAACCAUCAUGUUUGCCUUCUCUACCAGCUAUGCCUUCCUACUCAUCGCCAGGUCACUGCAGGGCAUCGGGUCUUCCUGCUCGUCUGUGGCUGGGAUGGGCAUGCUGGCCAGCGUGUACACAGAUGACGAAGAGCGAGGCAAUGCCAUGGGGAUUGCCUUGGGAGGCCUGGCCAUGGGGGUUUUAGUGGGCCCCCCCUUUGGGAGCGUGCUGUACGAGUUUGUGGGGAAGACAGCUCCGUUCCUGGUGCUGGCCGCCUUGGUGCUGUUGGAUGGAGCUAUUCAGCUCUUUGUGCUACAGCCAUCCCGUGUGCAACCAGAGAGCCAGAAGGGGACACCUCUGACCACCCUGCUGAAGGACCCGUACAUCCUCAUUGCUGCAGGCUCGAUCUGCUUUGCAAACAUGGGGAUCGCCAUGCUGGAGCCAGCCUUGCCAAUCUGGAUGAUGGAGACCAUGUGUUCCCAGAAGUGGCAGCUGGGCAUUGCUUUCUUGCCCGCCAGUAUCUCUUAUCUCAUUGGAACCAAUAUUUUUGGGAUACUUGCACACAAAAUGGGAAGGUGGCUUUGUGCUCUUGUAGGAAUGAUCAUUGUUGGAGUCAGCAUUUUAUGUAUUCCUUUUGCAAAAAACAUUUAUGGACUCAUUGCUCCCAACUUUGGAGUCGGUUUUGCCAUUGGGAUGGUGGAUUCGUCAAUGAUGCCCAUCAUGGGCUACCUCGUGGACCUGCGGCAUGUGUCAGUUUACGGGAGUGUAUAUGCUAUUGCCGAUGUGGCUUUUUGUAUGGGAUAUGCAAUAGGUCCCUCUGCCGGUGGUGCUAUUGCCAAGGCAAUUGGCUUUCCAUGGCUCAUGACAAUCAUUGGGAUCAUUGAUAUUCUUUUUGCUCCUCUCUGCUUCUUUCUUCGGAGUCCACCUGCCAAGGAGGAAAAAAUGGCUAUUCUCAUGGAUCAUAACUGCCCCAUUAAAACAAAAAUGUACACUCAGAAUAACAUACAGUCAUAUCCACUAGGUGAAGAAGAAUCUGAAAGCGACUGAAGCCCUCAUCAUCAUCAGAGUAUUUAAUUGUAGGAAAGCUUCUCCAGUGACACGACUCAUCCAGAACUGUCUUAGUCUUACCAUGCCUCCCUGGUGAAAAACAACCAAAGGUCAUUAUUUCUUUUCCAUGGUUAUGAUUGAUUGCCAAUAGCCUUAUAAAGAAAAAGCUUUUCUAGGGAUUUGUAUAAAUAGUGUUGAAACUUUAUUUUGAGUAUUUGGUUUUAUUAAAUAUUAUACAAUAUAUUUUCACGAAAUAUGUAAAUCUAUAAAUGUUUGAAUCCAAAUCAAGUAUUUUUUAACUUACAUUCACAAACACUUGGGCAAAAGAAAAACAUAUUUUUUUUUUCUGAAUAUUGGUAAUGAAUGUUUAAAGCACAUACUGAGACUCUUCCGACGAGACACUAGAAGUCUGCCAAAUAGAAUCCAGACAGCGUACGUUAUGUGGUGACACUGAACAAGUGGUACGAACUUGACUUAUUACUAUACCCACGGUUAGAAGCUAGUUAUCUUAAGUGCAAAGGACAAGGAUUUGAGUCAGUUACCUUUUAGGCUCACCCACAGAUCUCACCUGGCACAGGUUUUCUUUGAUACCCUACCCGGAUUGAGAUGGCUGUCAACUGUGUUUACCUGUCAUGUGGUUGGCGGCAAACUGUAAAGGUACAAGGGAAAAAACCAGUAAUGUUCUGGAAACAGAAGCACCCAACUAUUCAGUCAGGAACAAGAAGCCUUCCUUUUACAGUGUACUCUUAUGAGAGAAAACUAAGUGUAUCUUACAUUGUCAAGGUUGCUUGAGCAUAGUACAAUUUAUCAACACCAAGUUCAAGUUUUAGAAAAGGAAACUUAAAAAGCUGCUGUGACCUGAGCAAUCAAACUACAUCUUUGACUUCUUUCUAGAUCAUCUAAAGUGUUUCUUUGGGAUUAAUUUGGGGUUGUCUGAGACUAUUACUUUCCAGACUCCUAAAAGUGUUUUACAUCUCCAAUGUUAAAGUAAUUCUUAAAAAUUAAGGUAAAAGAAUGAAAUUGUUCUGAAUAAGGGUAAAAGUAGGGUGAUAACACAUCCCCUUCCCCAGGCAGAAAAAGCAAACAUCUGAAUAUGUGUGUCCCCGUGUCAUCUUGUGUGCUGUGUACUCGUUUUCUAAGCAUGAUUACACUGAUGUGCCUUUUCCGUGUAUCAGUAAAUAGGAAUCAUCAGUUUGCAUUGUUUUCUAUGAUUGGAGAGUGAACAUAACGUGCCACACAACUCUAGUGAUGCUUAAUUCUUCACUUUUGUAACCACAAACAAAAACUGACCUAAUGUCAAUUAAGCUAAGUUGUGCUUGUGUUAACCUGGACAUCAAGGAACAAAAACCUUAAGAACAAAGACUCCUCAACAAACUGCUUCUUACUGUCUAGGAUGAAGUGGCUAAGACUGCCCUUGCUUUAUGAGCCUUUCCUGGGGAGCUUGUGAUGGUCUGAAGCCUGCUUCCCAAGUGCAGGUGGUUUCAUGCACACACACUUGUUACUACUUAUCUGUACUGGGCAGUUUCCACAGAUGUGUCCUUUCGGGAGAGGCUGACAUGGAGUUAUAUGGGUAAAAUAAAAGGCAGGAACACUGCUGCUUCUAAGGGAGGACAGACUUCAAAUG